UGUUGGAGCUAUGUGGGUUUUUUUUUUUGACUGAUUAUUCUUAUGGCUCUUUUCAUUUUUGCACCUUCUUAAUAGUAAUUUCUUGGCCUUUGUAGUCGUUUUCCUGGAUUUUUUUCAUCAUUUUGUGGGCUAUUGUAGUAACUUUCUGUCUUUGUGGUCAUGAUGGGACUUUUUCUUGUUAUUUUACAUCUUUGUGCAGUAAUUGCGUGGCUUUUGGGGUCAUUUUCUGUGGGGUUUUUUUGUAGUAAUUGUUGGCUUUUUGUAGUCAUUAUGAGACUUUUUCUUGUCAUUUCGCAUCUUUUUGUCGUAAUUUCAUGUCUUUUGGGGUCAUUUUGUGGCUCCUUGUCGUCAUUUUGCAUUUUUUGUGGCUGAAAUCUCGGUUUUAUCCUUUUCAGUUAUGCCUACUUUUUGUUUUUGCAAAUCUGUUCUGGACAUUCACUGCUAAAGUUUCUUUAUGAGCUUUUUACUUAGUUUUCUGAAUACUUUAAUCUACUAUGUUGUGACAGUUCAAUAGUUGAUAAUUGAAGAAAUAGUGGAAAGGUUGGAUCUCUAAUUUUUUCUUAUGUCUCUUUUCAUUUUGCAUCUUUUAAUAGUAAUUUCUUGACUUCUGUAGUAAUUUUAUGGUCAGUAUUUAUUCUUUUUGUGGUCAUAAGACUUUUUCUCAAGGCUUCAUCCACACACAUAACUUUUUUUUUAAAACGCUGCUUUUUCUGUGGGUUUUAUCCACACACUCAGUUCUGGACUCUUUGCAGGGUGAAGAUUUUAUAAAAGAUUUUAUUUAAAAAAUAGAAUUCGAGAAGGGGGCAAAUACUUUUCAUGCCGCUGCACCUUUUCCUCAUGGAACCACUCUGCAGGUUUUUCCUUUAAUCUGUCACCGAUGUAAUUCUGUUGAUCCUGACACCAGUUUUGGAAAAUGCAACUGUUCCGACUAAACAAAUGCGCCGCACAAAGACCCGCCACACUUUGCAUGGAGCCUGGAAACACAGGAGGAAAUUUACAUGGAAGCAAAUUACUCUGGAAGCAGAGUCGGUUCUCAGAGAGGUCGAAGGAAGACGGAGCAGGAAGACGGGCAUUUGCUCCCAGAGAUAGUCGAGUAAUUUAGGAAAUGAGAGCAAAUUACAGGACGGGAGGAUCAGCUGCUGGCGAAGCCUCAGAUCUGAUCGGGACCAAGUGAAGCUGCUGGAAGAAGAGCUGAGGUCGGUUUUACCGGAAGAACGCUGAACACCGUCUCAGAAAAACAGGAGGACGAUUCGACCAUCAAGUCCAGUUAAACUCCAGCUUCUGGUCUGAUCUGGUCCACACGAUGUCCUUUAGGUGGUUCCACAGGGACAUCAGCGGUCUGCAGGCCGAGGAGAUGCUGAAGACUCGAGGAAUUUCCGGCAGUUUUCUGGCUCGACCGAGCAAGAAGAACGUCGGAGACUUUUCUCUGUCCGUCAGGGUCGGUGAAGGCGUCACCCACAUUCGUAUCCAGAACACCGGGGAUUUCUACGACCUGUACGGCGGGGAGAAGUUCGCCACGCUGUCCGAGCUGGUGGAGUACUACACGGCAGAGAACGGCAUCCUGCAGGACAGAGACGGAACCGUCAUCGAGCUCAAAUACCCGCUCAACUGCUCGGACCCGACCACAGAGAGGUGGUUCCACGGUCACCUGUCCGGUCCGAGCGCUGAGAAGCUGCUGGCGGCCAAAGACGAGCCCGGAACCUUCCUGGUCCGAGAGUCUCUGUCCAAACCGGGAGACUUCGUUCUGUCGGUUCUGACCGACGAGUUGAACCGGACCGGAGGGAAGAGAGUGUCACACAUCAAGGUCAUGUGUCAGAAUGACAGGUACACCGUUGGAGGCUCCGAUAUGUUCGACUCUCUCACAGACUUGGUUGAAUUCUACAAACGUAAAGGAAUCGAGGAGAUUACUGGAAACUGGGUUUACCUGAAGCAGCCGUACUACUCGACCAGGGUGAACGCGGCCGACAUCGACAGCAGAGUGAAGCAGCUGGAUCUGACCUCAGAUCAGCAGCAGCAGGAAGGACAGAAGCUGAAAGCUGGAUUCUGGGAGGAGUUUGAUGCUCUUCAGAAAAUGGAGGCGAAGGUGAAGAAGAGCAGAGAGGAAGGACAGAGACCAGAGAACAAGAGCAAGAACAGAUACAAGAACAUCCUGCCCUUCAACGACACCAGAGUCAUCCUGAAGGACGCUGAGCCAAACGUUGUGGGUUCAGAUUAUAUCAACGCCAAUUAUGUCAGAGACACUCUGUGGGAAUCCGCAGAUCGUAAAGUUUACAUCGCCACCCAGGGUUGCCUAGCAACAACCGUCAAGGACUUCUGGCAGAUGGUCUGGCAGGAGAACACCAGUGUCAUCGUCAUGACGACCAGAGAGGUGGAAAAAGGACGGAACAAAUGUGUUCCGUACUGGCCGACCGAGGAGGAACCUAAGAAGGAGGUCGGUUCCUUCGUGGUGACCUGGCGGUCCGAGAGAAAAGCUACCGAUUAUACAGUCCGGGUUCUGGACAUCGCUCUGGUGGACAAGCCCAAACAGACGCGGACCGUCUGGCACUACCAGUACCUCAGCUGGCCCGACCACGGCGUCCCUGAGGAACCAGGCGGCGUCCUCAGCUUCCUCACCCAGGUCAACAACAAGCAGGCCGAAUAUCCGAAGGCCGGACCCAUGAUCAUCCACUGCAGCGCUGGAAUCGGUCGGACAGGAACCUUCGUGGUGAUCGACAUGAUUCUGGAGACCAUCGACACUCUGGGUCUGGACUGUGACAUCGACAUCUCAAAGUACAUCCAGAUGGUUCGGGAGCAGCGUUCUGGGAUGGUCCAGACCGAGGCCCAGUACAAGUUCAUCUAUCUGGCCGUAUCCGAGCACAUCCAGACCACCAAGGCCAAAGACAGCGCCGCCCAGGAAGCUGAGACCGAAUAUGGAAACCUGCAGCUCAAACACCAGCCGGCCAGCAGGAAGGCGUCCAAGAGCAAGGACGACGUUUACGAGAAUCUGUCCAAAGCCAAGAAGGACGGGAAGAAGUCGAAGUCAGAGAAGAAGAGCGGCUCCGUGAAGAAGAGAUAGACGCUUGGUCAGGAGUUCUAUUUAUGCAACCGCUUUGUGUUAAAGAUGAAAUAAAAAUGAGGUUUAAAGACGGAAAGUCGAAUGUUGAUGUUACAAUAAAGGAGGACGUGUGCAGCUGA